AUGGCAGGUCCUUCGGGUAAACGUAAGUACGAGGGCGAAGAGAAGGUCGCUUCUGAUGCAGGUGACAACCAGGAACCACCGCAAUCGGCAAAAGAAUCGAAUCCGAAUCCGAAUCCGGGAUUAGAUUCGGACGGAAAGCCCGCAGGUUCGAAGCCUAAAGCAUCUCCAGCCGAGCCGCAGCCAGCAAAGCAGUCAGAAAAGACAUGCGUCCAUGACGUGGCGCUUCCUCCGGAUUUCACGUCCUCUCUCGACGAAUCAGUGCACGGGACGAUCUACGCGCCGGUGUACAAGGGUCCGAUGGCGAAAACGUACCCGUUUGAGUUGGACCCGUUUCAAGCAACCUCGGUAGCGUGCUUGGAGCGGCGCGAGUCCGUGCUCGUGGCAGCACACACGUCGGCGGGAAAGACGGCCGUUGCGGAAUAUGCAAUUGCGAUGGCGUUUCGGGACAAGCAGAGGGUCAUUUACACGUCGCCUCUCAAGGCUCUGAGCAACCAGAAGUAUAGAGAGCUGAGUGAAGAAUUCAGUGACGUCGGUUUGAUGACGGGUGACGUCACCAUCGCCCCCAACGCUGCCUGCAUCGUCAUGACCACCGAAAUCCUCCGAUCCAUGCUCUACCGAGGCUCGGAAGUGCUUCGGGAGGUGGCUUGGGUGAUCUUUGACGAGAUUCACUACAUGCGGGAUCGGGAGCGGGGCGUGGUUUGGGAGGAGAGUAUUAUUUUCCUUCCUCCGGAUGUGAAAAUGGUGUUUUUGUCGGCUACGCUGUCGAAUGCAAGGGAGUUUGUCGAGUGGAUUACGUAUCUGCAUAAGCAGCCGUGCCACGUGGUGUACACGGAUUACCGGCCGACUCCCUUGCAGCAUUUCGCGUUUCCUUACGGCGGGGAUGGGCUGUACCUGAUGACCUGCUCCGAGCUGGACUUCCAUCCAAUGAUUGUCUUCAGCUUCCGACGUCGCGAGUGUGAGGCGUACGCCAUGCAGCUGAGCAAGCUGGACUUCAACAGCGAGGAGGAGAGCAAGAUGGUCAAGGAGUGUGAGGCGUACGCCAUGCAGCUGAGCAAGCUGGACUUCAACAGCGAGGAGGAGAGCAAGAUGGUGAAAGAGGUGUUCAACAAUGCCAUAUCUGUUCUCCCCACUGAAGACCAGGACCUGCCAGCAGUGCGCCAGAUGCUGCCGUUGCUCCAGAGGGGAGUGGGAGUGCACCACUCGGGGCUGCUGCCCAUCCUAAAGGAGCUCAUCGAGAUUCUCUUUCAGGAGGGGCUUCUCAAAGUGCUCUUCGCUACUGAGACUUUCGCCAUGGGUCUCAACAUGCCGGCACGCACUGUGGUCUUCACAGCCACGCACAAGUGGGAUGGCGAGGCCAACAGAGCCAUGCACUCAGGGGAGUAUAUCCAGAUGAGUGGGCGGGCAGGGCGGCGAGGCAAGGACAGCAAAGGGAUUGUCAUUGUGAUGGUCAAUGAGGAGAUGACCAUGGAAGCGUGCAAGGAGAUGAUGCUGGGGAAGCCCGCUCCCUUGGAAAGCUCCUUCCGCCUGACCUACUACGCGCUGCUGAACCUCAUGGCUCGAGCCGAGGGGCAGUUCAACGCAGAGCACGUGAUUGCACACUCCUUCCACCAGUUCCAGCAUGACAGGCAAGUACCGGAGGUGGAGAAGAGGAUUAAGGAGCUACAAGCAGAGGCAGACGCACUGGAGGCAGGGACUGAGGAUGAGAUUCGCGAGUACCAUGCAUUGCGCCUGUCACUAGCUGAGAAGGAGAGGCGGCUGAAAGCAGAGGUGCUGCGGCCUGAUCGAUGCCUGCACUUCCUUCAGCCCGGUAGACUGAUACGAGUGGUAGAUGGAUUAGACGAUUGGGGAUGGGGAGUGAUCGUGAACGUGAUGAAGCAGCCUUCUCAGAACAACUCCAAAUCAGCCGUCAUCGCCCCCUCGCCCACCGCCUCUGCGGCCGCCGCUGCACCGCUCUCCACCACUGCGUACCUGGUGGACACGCUGCUGCUGUGCUCUCCUGUGGUGGACAGUGGAGGAGGAGAGGGGUCCACUGCCCAACUUGUGCCACGCCCAUGCGCGCUAGAUGGGAACGGGGAAAUGCACGUGAUCCCAGUGAAGCUGCCAGCUGUGGCGCGCAUAGGGGCACUCAGAAUCGCCCUGCCCACGGACCUUCGCCCCAAGGAGGCCCGGCAAGCGGUGCUGGUCACACUGAGGGACGUCACCCAGCGAUUUCCUGGCGGGCUGCCUAUUCUCGACCCUGUGGAGGACAUGGGCAUCACAGACGAGUCGUUUCUGGACCUGGUGCACUCCAUCGACCAGGAGGAGAGCAAGCUGGCCAAGCAUCCCCUUUUUAAGAGUGCACAAGCUGAAGAGGUUGGCAUUCCCCCCUCCCACCCCUUUUCACCCCCUCCCACCUCCUCCCAUCCCCCCGCCCCUAUUCUCUCUCUUCCACUCCUCGUCCAUUCUCCCCUUCCAGGCGCGGAGCAGAAGCUGGAGGUGCUCAAGAGGCGAGGGCAGCUGCUGGCAGAAGCACAGCGGCUCAAGAUGAAGACGAGGGAGUCACAGCUGCUGGAGGUGCUCAAGAGGCGAGGGCAGCUGCUGGCAGAAACACAGCGGCUCAAGAUGAAGACGAGGGAGCCACAGCUGCUUCAAGCAGCAGCUGCUGGCAGAGGCACAGAGGUUGAAGAUGAAGACAAGGGAGUCCCAGGUGCGUGCGGAGGAGUGAUGAGCGGUGAGAAGGGGUGUGGUGUGGCGCCUUUUUAUUUUCUCCGACAAGCAGCUGUUGGCAAAGGCGCAGCGGCUCAAGAUGAAGACAAGGGAGUCCCAGGUGCGUGUGGAGGAGUGAUGAGUGGUGAGAAGGGGUGUGGUGUGGCGCCUUUUUAUUUUCUCCAACAAGCAGCUGCUGGCAGAGGCGCAGAGGUUGAAAAUGAAGACAAGGGAGUCACAGGUAUGUUUGGAGGAGUGAUGAGCGGUGCGGUGGGAACGUCUGUGAUGCGGAAUCGCUCAAGGGUCCUGAAACGUCUCGGCCACAUCGAUGCAGACGGGGUGGUGCAGCUGAAGGGCCGGGCGGCGUGCGUCAGUUCCUCAUACGUGCUCAAUCCCCCUCAGCCAUGUGGACUGGAUGAGCUGAAGCUCAAGGGCCGGGCGGCGUGCGUCAGUUCCUCAUACGUGCUCAAUCCCCCUCAGCCAUGUGGACUGGAUGAGCUGAAGCUCAAGGGCCGGGCAGCGUGCGUCAGUUCCUCAUACGUGCUCAAUCCCCCUCAGCCAUGUGGACUGGAUGAGCUGAAGCUCAAGGGCCGGGCAGCGUGCGUCAGUUCCUCAUACGUGCUCAAUCCCCCUCAGCCAUGUGGACUGGAUGAGCUGAAGCUCAAGGGCCGGGCAGCGUGCGUCAGUUCCUCAUACGUGCUCAAUCCCCCUCAGCCAUGUGGACUGGAUGAGCUGAAGCUCAAGGACCGGGCAGCGUGCGUCAGUUGCUCAUACGUGCUCAAUCCCCCCCUAUUGCCUCUCCCUCUCCUGCCUCUCCCUCUCCUCUAUCCCCCUCAGCCAUGUGGACUGGAUGAGCUGCAGCUGAAGGGCCGUGUGGCGUGCGUCGUCACGACAGGCGAUGAGCUGCUGGUGACGGAGCUGAUGCUGGAGGGGGGGGGUGCAGCUGAAGGGGGAGGCGACGGGGUGGUGCAGCUGAAGGGCCGAGCGGUGUGCGUCGUCACGACAGGCGAUGAGCUGCUGGUGACGGAGCUGAUGCUGGAGGGGGCUUUUAAUUCAAUGGACCCGCACCAAUUGGUUGCCGUGGCUAGUUGUUUUCUGCCUUCCGAAAAGUCGAAUGAGGAGCAGCCUGUGGCAGCGGACCUAAAGCCACAUUACAAUGUUCUAAGAGAAGCUGCGCAGCACAUAGCGCGAGUGCAAAUAGAGGAGAAAAUAGAGGUGGAUGAGGAGGAGUACGUGGAUCAAUUCCGGCCGACGCUCAUGAACGUGUUCUACCAGUGGUCCAAGGGAGAGUUGUUUGGCAAGGUUAUUGACAGCACGGAUGCUUUCGAAGGGACGAUCGUGCGUGUGGCUCGACGGCUCGAUGAGCUUCUAAACGAGAUGAAGCUGGCGGCUCAAGCUAUUGGAGAGCUCUUGUAG